GAACUGGAAAGUAGCAAUGGGAACCUUAGCACCGUGGUGCAUCAUGCUCCCGGAAAUUACAUGGACCUGAAUGAAGUUAGACCACUGAAUGAUCCUGCCACGGACCCAGAGCGAAGUUAUUUAGAAAUAAACGAAUAUGCACCCCUGCUCCCAGGAACGCGCUCAUGGGAAGUGGAAAGAGAAAAUGUAACAUUUGAAAAGAUUAUUGGAAAAGGUGCCUUUGGUCAAGUCGCCCAGGGAAAAGCUUCAAACCUUCGAGGAAGAAAGGAGACAAUUACAGUUGCCAUAAAAAUGCUGAAAGGUACUCUAUUCAUUGCCUAAAGAGCGUUUUAGUUAAGAUAAGGCUUUACUGUUACUGAAUAGUCGUUCUUUUCUUUAGGUAACGCUACAGACUUAGAGAGGAAAGAUUUGCUGUCAGAGCUUGAAGUCCUGAAGAAACUCAAGCCUCAUCCACACGUUAUCAAGUUGCAGGGUUGUGUAACUGAAUCAGGUGCAGAAAAUAGAAUGAAACUGCCUAGUUUACGUCUCUUUGUGUCACCCUGACAACUUAAAGCCAAAAUUGCUCUGAAUUCAUAAUUUCUUGCUCUCUCAUUAUACCUAAUCCUGUCAUUGUUGAUCUUAACAGUAUCAGCAAAGAGCAUUUGUAGCAAUUGUGCACGAUAAAUAAUUAUUUUGUUUUAUCGUUACGAGUUCCGGUUCACUCGAUUUAAGAUUAUUUAUCCAGUUUACCGCAGAUCCUGGGUUAAAUUUAGAAUGCACUUAGCACAACUGCAAAGUUUUUCGUUUUCCCAUUGCUGUAAUUAUCACUUCAAAGUGAUAACGUAGCUGAUGUUCUCUGUUGUUUUCUACAUAUAUUUUUUAGAUCCUUUGCUUGUACUUAUCAAAUAUGUCCCGUAUGGAGAUCUCCUGGGCUUUUUGAGAAAGAGCCGACAUUUAGAAGAUAACUACUUCAAGGACCCGGAUAUUAAGCCACAGACGAGUUUAACUUCCCAGCAGCUAAUGAAGUUUUCCAGGCAAGUGGCUGAUGGAAUGCAUUAUUUGUCCUCAAAAAAUGUAAGUCGAUUUUAGUAUCAAAAUUCACUUUGCUGUCUCGGCGGCAAUAGCUGCAAGGGAUACCUUUUUCAUUUCAAUUUCCAUCCACAAUUUUUUGUCCAUGAAGUAAACUUGGAUACAAGUGACUCAAGUUGGAACUUGUUUGAUAUUUAAACAAGGGAAAUCUUUCCAAUAUGGUUGGAUGGAGCUUAAUAGGAUAAUAGAGCUUUCUGUUUGCAAUGAUUAAAAGCGUCCAUUACAUGUAUCACUUUUGUUUCGUUGCAAAGAACAAAGUUUUUCCAUCCGACGCUUUUGAGCAGUGCAAAAUGAGUUAUUGAAUCAAUUAAUUAUUCAUUAAUGCUCUGUAUUAUGUACGACAGAUUAUUCACCGCGACCUUGCAGCCCGGAACGUCUUGGUUGGAGAGCAAGAACGAUGUAAGGUAACCGAUUUUGGAAUGGCAAGGGACGUAUGCCAGGAAAACAUCUACGAAAAGAAAUCAAAGGUUUCUGAUUUCGUUAUCAUGAUAUGUUGCGUGUUUGGCUAAUACCGUAGUUUAUUAGGAUAGAUAUAUCCUAUCUCAACCUCCUCUCACCUUGUUUCUCAGUAAUGUUUUACACUACAUCAUCGCCAGAUAAACAAAGGGAAGAAUCAUCUGCUCUUUUUCUUCAACAUUUCCUUUCCAUGUUUCGAUAGGGAAGACUGCCAGUAAAAUGGACAGCUUGCGAAGCGCUGUUAUACGGACGAUAUACGACGAAAAGUGAUGUGUAAGUGGAUCUAAUAAGCAGAUAAACAGUUUUAAAGAGUUAAAAAAAAACCGUUCAAAUCUAUUCAUGUUCAACCUAUAAUUUAAUUAUACUUGUACGUGUCAACUUGCAAUGAAGCUUGAUGGCAUUUUCUUUAAUUAGAUGGAGUUUUGGAAUUGUGCUUUACGAAAUCUUCACGAUAGGUAUGUCAGAUAAUUGUGUUUCAGUGUAAUUUAUAUAGAUGGCGCACUUUUUGAUCGAUUCGCUGUCUUCGUGUUUAACUUCUCGUCUUUGGUGGCUCUCCAUAUCCAAAGAUUGACGGAAGAAAAAUGGCAGAUUUACUGAUUCAGGGUUACAGGAUGCCUAAACCACGACACGUGGACGAUACCCUGUAA